AAAGAACAGUCUUUCCCGGAGCACUCGACUUUUAUUCUGUAUUAGCUUUAAAGAUGAAAGAGACUUAACUUUUGGUUUUGGAUUUUUAGUACCUCCAAAACCUGUUCAUCUUCAGCCUGCUGGACAGGAGAAGAUUCCUCCAGUACCACCUAGGCCUUUACCAGCAGAUCCAAAGUCUUCAAGAACUCAAGUGCCUAAAGGAGAAGCCACACAUGCCUCAGCAGAUAUAAGCAGGCUUAUUGAAAAAUUUGAAAGGAUAAGGCAACCCACACAUGUUGGUCAACGAAAUCAAAUUAAUUUAGCUUUUAAGAUGGAACAAGAACCAGAUUCUCCUAAACAGCAUGGCGCAAUGGUCUAUGAUUUGGUAGCUUCCAGCACUUCAACAAAUGAAAAUAAAGAGCUGGAUGAGAGUGGGCCUAACAUCUUGUGUAGUCCUGAAGUGUCUAAUACAGAUUUAAUCAAAAUCAAAGAACUAAACACCACAAACAAUGAAGGUUCUACUAAUGUGCCCAUCAGCAAAGCAUCUGUGGCAGUGCACAGCCAUAAGGACACAUCUGUUGAGAUGAAUAGCAAUGGCAAAAUCCCUAACAGGGAUAGUGGAAUAGACAGCCCUUCUUGUAAUGUAGCAGGAGAGAAUUUCCCAAACGAGGAAGCUACAGAACAGAAAAAAACAACAGGAACUGGGGAUCUAGCUGAAAUGGACAAUGACAAAAAAACUGUCAUGUUUUCUGCUGGGGAACAGAAGAGAGACUCUGCUCAGGAUGAAGACAGUGAUAUAGACGAGGGAAGCAGUGAAGAGCCGGAAAUAGCAGAAAUCUCCAAGCUGGAAUGUAUAGAUGUUAACAAGUAUUCAGAGCCACAAAAGCUGUUUAAUAUUGCAAAUGAACUUCUGCAUACAGAAGAAGCAUAUGUUAACCGGCUUUAUCUUCUUGAUCAGUUUAAUGUUUCAGUUUCAGAAAGACUGCUUCAAGAAUGGAGACUAAUUACUUGUCCCAUUCUGAUGAAAUGUUUAUGUUGUCUAAUUUCAUUGAGAGGAUGCCUUAUCAACCACACUAUUCUCCAGUUAAUCUUCCUUAUUAUCUUACUGGAUACAAACCCAAGGUUAGGAGACAUCCUUCAAAAGCUUGCUCCAUUUCUGAAGAUGUAUGGAGAAUAUGUAAAGAAUUUUGACAGAGCAAUGGAUAUGGUAAACACAUGGAUGCAGAGAUCAUCUCCUUUUAAGGAUGUCAUUCAAAACAUACAGAAACAAGAAAUAUGUGGAAACCUGACACUGCAACAUCACAUGCUUGAACCUGUUCAGAGAAUUCCACGCUAUGAGCUUCUCCUGAAGGAUUAUCUUAAAAAACUUCCUGGGGAAUCACCAGAUAGGAAAGAUGCUGAAAAAUCAUUGGAGCUCAUUUCUACUGCAGCAAACCAUUCAAACGCAGCCAUCCGAAAGAUGGAAAAGAUGCACAAGUUGUUAGAAGUAUAUGAACGCCUUGGUGGAGAAGAAGAUAUUGUUAACCCUGCCAAUGAAUUGAUUAAAGAGGGUCACAUUCAAAAAUUGUCAGCAAAGAAUGGCACAGCACAGGAUAGGUAUUUAUUUCUGUUUAACAGCAUGGUGUUAUACUGUGUUCCAAAACUGAGAUUGAUAGGCCAGAAAUUCAGUGUUCGUGAAAAGAUUGAUAUUGCGGGACUGCAGGUCCAGGAAAUAGUCAAGCAAAAUGUGACCCAUACUUUUUCAAUAACAGGAAAGAAAAGAUCCUUGGAGCUACAAGCCAGGACAGAAGAAGAAAAGAAAGAUUGGAUUCAGGUUAUUCAAGCAACAAUUGAAAAACAUAAGCAGAACAGUGAAACGUUUAGGGCUUUUAAUAACUCUUUUUCUCAAGAAGAUGAGCACUUCCUAGAUUCAUCAAUAGUUAGCACCAGUUCCAUGGAAUCUAUGCCAGGAACAGACAGCAGUAGCAGCACAUCUGCAGGGCCUGAGUGCUGCAGAAAAUCUUCAAAAUCGAAAAGAGAUAAAGAGAAACAAGCUUGCAAAAGUUGCAGUGAAAGCUUUAACUCCAUUACAAAAAGACGACACCACUGCAAACAGUGUGGGGCAGUUAUCUGUGCCAAAUGUUCUGAAUUUAAGACUCUUGCUGAUAAUAGUCGCCAAAACCGGGUAUGCAAAGAUUGCUUUCAACUGCCGUCAGCAAACCUGUGCAUUUCAGGGACCGAGGGUGCAGGAGAACAAAGAAAAAAAGUAACCACAGAGAAACAAAGCUUAUUGAGCUCUGAAAAUAGUCUCUUCAGUAGCCACCUCCUGUUUCAUGAGAAAGGAAAGGCUUGGUGUAAAGUGUGGGUCACCAUUCCUAAGACAGAGCCUCUUGUCUUAUAUCUCCAAGGAGAAAACCAGGUUGGACGCAUUCCACGCAGCAUACCCCUGCUGGGAUACGAAAUUGACUUUCCACAUUCUGGUGAAAAGUUUGAAUCAAAAUACGUGUUCAAACUUUGCCAGUCCCAGCAGACAACAUAUUUCAGUGCUGAAGAUGAAGACUUGCAAAUGAAAUGGAUGGAUAUUCUCACCAAAGCAGCUAAAGGGGACAUUCAUGAUGAGAGUGAGGAAACCAGCAAUCCCUAAUGUCAUUUCAUGUGAUCUUAAUCAUCAUGGGGGAUGGGGAAAAGCCACCUGAACUCUGUAUAUUCAUGGCACUUUGAAAACAUACAUGGCUUUAUAUUUUGGUAUGCCUAUAGAGAAACCGCAGUCAUUUCUUUCCCUGCCCCUCUCUUUCCUAUUCAUCUCAUUUGGUACCAAUUGUCCAACAUCUAUGUUGUUAGUGUGUAUAAAUCAACGUAGUUGCUAUGAGUGUUUAUAUUGCUAUUAAGGGGGGGAGGGGGGAAGCAUCCAUUUUAUCUAAGAUAAUUAGGAAGACAAUGGUUUCCUGUUUCCCUUGACUAUUUCCUUUAUUCCUUUCAAUUGCUGUUUCAGUGAAGGAUGUGUAUAGUCUGUUACAGAUGUGCUGCCUCUAAGUAAAAUGUUGUACAAGGGCUUGUGGCUGGCCACUGAUGUGCUAUUAUUCUCUGGUUUCUCUUGGAUCUUUUUAAAUGGUCUCUUCUCUGCCAUAUAUGAUCAAAUAUAAAGGGGCUAUUUCUUUUGUUAACACUGACUUUUCUUGACAGGGUUUUUUUCACAAGACAAAUACUGUUUUUAAAGCUAUUGCAGAAGGCAUCUUGAAAGCUGAAAUAUCAAGCAUUU